GAGUCCUUCCUGGAACUCUCCCCCAGCCAGUUGCCCAGACAGCCCGACCCAGCAUGGAUGCUGUGGACGCCACCGUGGAGAAGCUCCGGGCACACUGCCUGUCCCGAAGGGCCUUGGGCAUCCAGGGCCUGGCCAGGUUUUUCCGCCGCCUGGACCGGGACAGGAGCCGAUCCCUGGACUCGGGGGAACUCCAGCGGGGCCUGGCUGAGCUGGGGCUGGUGCUGGACGCGGCUGAAGCGGAGGGUGUGUGCAGGCGCUGGGACCGUGAUGGCAGCGGCACGCUGGACCUGGACGAGUUCCUGAGGGCACUGCGGCCCCCCAUGUCCCAGGCCCGGGAGGCAGUCAUUGCAGCUGCAUUUGCCAAGCUGGACCGCAGCGGGGAUGGUGUGGUGACUGUGGAUGACCUCCGCGGGGUGUACAGGGGCUGCACCCACCCCAAGGUGCGAAGUGGGGAGUGGACCGAGGAGGAGGUGCUCCGCCGCUUCCUGGACAACUUUGACUCCUCUGAGAAGGACGGGCAGGUGGGUGCCCACAGACACCUCUACCCCUCCACCUGGGUCUCUGGUCCUUACUUAGAGCCUGUCUGCCCCCAGGUCACGCUGGCUGAGUUCCAGGACUACUACAGCGGUGUGAGCGCCUCCAUGGACACAGAUGAGGAGUUUGUAGCCAUGAUGACCAGUGCCUGGCAGCUGUGAGCCAUGCAUACUUGCUCUGCCAGCCCCACCGUAGC